GACUGAAUACCGCAAGGAACCUCUAUCGUGCAUGCUCAUUUGUUCUGACUAUGCACAUAAAAAGGACCACAACUUUCCAGGAGUGCUCUUUGCCAGCUCUCGACUUUCCCACUGACUCAUUUGAGAUUUUGCCAUUCAGUGAGCUGCCGAGCCGCAGCGGGUUCCACCACAUUCUCACGGAUGUUAUUGGCCGUUUGCACUCCAUUAGUGGAAUAGAUCAUCAGCUUACCAACAGUGGCUCUACUCCGAAACAAACAUUGGUUCUUGAUAAUGGAAAAUAUGUG